UGACCACGGAGUAAAAUCUUCCUCGCAUAAGUAUCAGCAACCCUGCAUACUUGAAUUUGGUUUUCUCGUAUGUUUUCCAUGUAAUGAUGUUAUGCAUGUACAUUGUUUUGGUCAGCUGACAGUACACAUAACUGCUCGCACCUUGAUGUGCAUACACUCCAUGGGAAUGUAGCAUGACAGAUCGAUGACAACGAUCAUUAUUAAGUAGUACAGUACUUAGCAAUACUCUUUCAUAACCUUCACUCCCACCGAUACGACGAUAUAGGGCUGUUGUAAUGACCUAUGGGAGUCCUUAACUCCUCGCUAGCAUCUCUGUGCUUCCACAAACACCAUCCCUAUCUUGUCUCCCUUUAUUUUUAUACCAUCCCUAUAUGCACUCUUUUUUUAAUCCGCAGGAUUUUUAAUUUAUUGUAUACUAAGUACUACCGUACUUAGUGAUCCGCAAAAUAUGAUGUCAGAUUCUUAUGCCACAGAGAAAGUAAUUUAGCACCAAUUUUUUACUUUAGAUAAGGGAGAAACUUCUCAAAUGUUACUCAAAGGUGAUUGAUGUUGCAAGGGGCUUGCACUAUUUUCCAGUACAACAUUCAACUUCUACAAAUGCUAGAGCUGAUGUUGACUUUGCUGCAAUGUGCAAUUUAGCUUCACUAGCUACAGAGUAUGAAUGUGCUCCUAUUAUCCUACAAAAUGACACACACAGACAGGAGCACAAUGAUGUGUUUGGAAGAAUUGUUAGAAGCAGUUGUGACCAAGAAUUGAACCUCACUAUUCUUGGGAGAGAGUUUGUUAUACCUCCAAGAAGUACAUUUCUUUUGUCAAACCUCUGUCAGAUUACUCCACUCUAUAACUACACAGCUUGCAAUGGAAAGUACGAUCUGAUUGUCAUUGAUCCACCUUGGGAAAAUCGCUCAGCUAUAAGAGGGAGAAAGUAUGAAUGGCUUCCAACGGAAAGGUUACCCGAGCUAUCCAUUCAAAGACUGGCAGCUAAAGGUGCAUUGGUUGCUGUUUGGGUAACUAACAAAAGGAAAUUGACUAUGUUUAUUCGCCAAAAAUUGUUUCCCAAGUGGAACAUUUGCUAUCAGGCUGAAUGGCAUUGGUUGAAGUUUACUACAGGUGGUGACCUGAUACAUGAGAUGGACUCGGUCCAUAAGAAGCCAUAUGAAGUAGUUGUCAUUGGACGCUAUAUGGAAACAUCAAGUGAUUCUAGUGAUUCCACACCUCCUCCUAAACGGAUUUGUCUUGAGAGCAGUGAUAGCAAUCUUAAAACCGACAGUGAAUUUGGUGGGGAUCAGUUCACGGAACCAGAAUCUGGGAUAAGAAACUCUGACUACAGUUACAGCCCUCCUAAUGAUGUGGAGUUUUGUACAGAAAAGAGACCGAUAAGAGAAAGUUCAAGCCAUGAAGAGCCUGUACACCCAGAGAUUAUUAAAAACUUCGUAUUUGCCUGUGUGGCAAGUCAAGCACAUUCUCAAAAACCUUACCUAGGAGAUAUAUUAGACAAAUACUGCACUAAACAGGGACGGAAGUUGGAACUUUUUGCUAGAAAUUUACUCCCUGGAUGGACAUCUUGGGGAAAUGAGGUUUUAUUGUUCCAAGUUCCAAGAGAAAGUACAGACUACUGUGUCUACAAAAAACACAGGGGUAUAGCAAAAUAAUGUAUUGUAUUACCUAAGUGCAUCAUGUGUUGAGUAUUUGUACAUUAAUAUGAAGUCGGGGUCUGCUCUUCAUCUUCUCGUUUGAGUACACACAUAACUAAAAUUGUAUGACACACAACAUUAUAUUAUGUUACUUUUUUAAACUCUGAGAAAUGAUUUUUAGUUGUGGGUGAUAAAACACUAUAAACUUGUUAUAAGCAAGAAGGAGAAAAUGUCAAAAAUCCAGAAACACAGGAUAGAAAAUCUAUGAUAUAGGGUUCUUUGAAAAUGAGACUCUGAGAUGAUUUGUUUCACUGAUUUUGUAGUUGUGCAUUGCUAUUAGACCGGCUGUAGCUUCUUCGGUAGACCCCAUCUGAAUUAAAGCCAUUCGUCUGUCAUUGUGGAAGAAGCGGAAAUUGACAACAGUACCUCCGGCUGAUACAAAGAGAGUCUUGAUAUAGUCCUCAUCAACUACUUCACUAAUAGAACAAAAUAGUCUAGGUUUAUUGUUAGUUUGCAAGGGUAAAUACCCAGAACAAUCUUUGUUGUACGAUG